AUGGAUGAUGUGAACGUCCUCAACGCAGUGGUAGAUACAAGCAAAAUGUUCUACCUCUAUGGCUACCUAGCCUGGAUCGGGUUGUACGAUGAUGUGAACAGCUGGAGGUGGUCGUUGUCAAAUGGAGGUUUCUACAGUGAUGGCCAGACUGAGUUCAGGAACUGGGCAGAUUCUCAGCCAAGCAAUGAAGGCAGUGGGUCCAAUGUGACUUUUGUCCUCAUCAACAGUACUAUUACAUGGACUCAGGCCCAGAACUACUGUAGAACACAUCACACUGACCUGGCCAGUGUGAGAACCAUGACAGAGAACCAGAGGGUGAAGGAACUGGUACCUUCUGGACGUUCAGCCUGGAUCGGCCUCUUCAGAGACUCCUGGAAGUGGACAGAUGGACGUAGCUCAACAUUUAACUAUUGGGCAGAUGGAGAGCCUCAUGGCAAUCAAGAGAACUGUGCAUUUGCAAACUUUGAAAACUCUGGAAAAUGGGGUGACUGGACCUGUGAUAAGAAGAUAGCAUUUAUUUGCUAUAAUGGUAAGCUACGUUUCAGUUAG